UAAAAAAUAUCAUAUAAAUACAGAACACAUUCAAAGCUAUUUAUGAAUCCUAUAACAGAUUGAGACGUUGACUUGAGAGAAAUGAAGAGGCUUGUGGUCUUACUCUCACUGUUCCUCCUUACCGCAGCUGAAAGACAAGAUCUUUCAGGUAAAAUGUUCACAUUUCCUGUGGAGUCCAAAACUCAUCAUGUGGUUCUCAGUCCUGAGGUGAAUAAGAUCUUCUUCACUGUUACUGUGUGUCUGCGUGCCUUCUCCGACAUCUCCAGAGCUCAGAGCCUUUUCUCAAUUUCUCUGCCAUCAACAGACAAUGGCUUUUUAAUUUACAAGCCAAAGCAAGGAGUGUAUAACUUACAUGUGUUAGGACAAGCUGCUGAGUUUUGGGGCUUGCAGGAUGAAUCCAAUGUCUGGAAUUCAGUGUGUGCUACCUGGGAUGCUAAUACAGGACUCGCUCAGCUGUGGGUCAAUGGAAAACCGAGUUCACGGAAAGGCAUCAAGGCUGGAAGCUCUUUAAUUGGAAUUCCAAAAAUCAUUUUGGGUCAAGAGCAAGAUAGUUACGGUGGAGGAUUUGACACGGCCCAGUCUUUUGUAGGGAUGCUGACUGAUGUGCACAUGUGGGACUCUGUUCUCUCUCCUGAUCAGAUUGCGUAUUAUACAUAUGGUGGGAAGUUUCAGCCAGGCAACGUUCUCAACUGGAACUCCCUAGAAUUCAAUAAAAGUGGGUAUGUGAUCAUUGAAAGUCAGAAAACUUCACAUAAAGCUGAUAGUCUUUAGACUCUAGAGUAAAUGCAGGCUAGAAGUAGUACGGAAUCUGUUGUCUCUGAAUACUCUUUAACGUAAGGAUGUAUUUUUUUUCACAUGAUAUAUGUCGCAUGUCUUUUUUACUCUGUAAAGUUUAUUUGCUUAUGCUAAAAUUGUUUUUGGGUUGUGAACAGACACUGAAUUGUGAAUCUGUAAAUAUCUAAAGAAUAAUAUUGUGGAAUAUUGUUAAAACUACUCUAAGACGUUGUCCAAAAGAAUUAUUGUCACACAAUUUCUAAGGACAAAAAUGUACUUUAGAGCACAUCACCAUUUUGUUUAGUCUUUUGAAUCAGUGUAUCAUUACAGUGUUACAGUAUAUACAGUACAUUCAAUAAAUAUUUAAUUGCAUCACAACUUUAA